AAUGAUUGAAUGUAAAGGAAAUGAUAAUUUGGAUACAGUUAAUUGCUCAUAAAUAUAAUAAUAAUACAAAUAAUUUGAAGUAAAUUCAGAGAAAAUGAGAAAACUGAUAAUGGCUGAAGAGAAUGAAGAAUAAUUAAAUGUAAUGAAGAAACAAAAAGAAGAGUUAGAUAUAAAGAUCGAGGAUGAAAAGCGAGAGAUUUAAUCAAUUUAAUAAAAGAUUUUAGAUUUAGAGUAGAAUGUAUAAAAACAAAUAUCAGGAGUGUAAGAAAAAGUAGAAACACAGGAAUAAUUAUAUUUUAACUUAUCGGAAUAAUUUAAUUAAGAAACCGUUUCCAAAAACUCAUUAAAGUUAAACUUGGAAGAAUUUGCUAAGUCUAAUCAACUCAUAGUCCAAUAAUUAACAAAUUAAUAAGAUGAAAUGAAUAAAUAAAUGGAUGAAAUAUAGUAAGACUUUGAAAAUAUGAAAAAAUCCAAAACAUUAGAGGAUAAAUUGUAUCGUUAAAAUAAACGAUGGAUUAAACUUUAGAUUAAGAAUUACAGAAAAUUAAUUAAAAGGCAGCUACGAAACAAGAAAUUUCAGUUUUAGAAAAUAAGAUUAGAGAUUAAAGAAAAUCAAUAGAUAAAAUUAAUUUAAAAAAAUAAGCGAAAGAAGAAAAAAUAUAUGCACUUUUCACUGAUUAUUAUGAACGCAGUUUUAAAUAAGAUUUGACCCGCUUUUUAUUUGAGGAAUCAUAGGUAAGUCAAUAAUUUGUAAAACAAUAAAUUUUAAAACAAUAAAUUUU